AUGACGACGACGAUGAUGACGACGACGACGACGACGAUGAUGAUGGCGUCAAUAUUGGCAACAACAAUCGUCGUCGCGGCGGUGCUGUGAUGGUCAGCGGCAUCAGCAUUGGCGACGGUGAGGCUGAUGAUGGUGUUGCUGAUGCUGAUGGCGAUGGUGAUGGUGAUGGGGAUGGUGAUGCUGAUGGUGAUGUGGAUGCUGAUGCUACAUCAUCAUCUGAGAGCGAGUCAACGACAACAACAUCGCAUUCAAUUGGAGCAACUGCAGUCACAUAUUAAAAGCCAUUUUCUGAAUGGGCCGUCGGCGGGUGGCAGCAGCGGCAGCAGCGCCAGCAACAGCGGCAAUUGCAGAAGAAUCGGUGUCAGCGCUGGCAGCAGCAG